AUGCAAACGAUAGCCAGCACAUUAGACUGCUACUAUGGGACAAAUUGUAAUUCAUUAUGGUCUCUCGAAGAAGAAUUAUCUCGAAAAUUUUCAGCAUAUGCAAAGAAUUACGAAUUUCCAAAGCUGCAUCGUUCGUAUUUCCAUAGCGUUGAGCGGUAUUGUCCUGUGAUUUGUUCUCAGCUGACUUGGUCUCAUGAUGGUACUUCUAUUUGCGGCGUUUUUGAUGAUUUUGGAAUACGACAGUAUCUUAUACCAGAAGAUCCACUUGUAGAUCAUUGGGUUCCUUUCACACGAUGGUUUGUGAAUGGUUCCAUUAUUUCCUCUGUCGUCCACCCUAGAUACUCACUGUAUGAAGAGGAUUCAGCAUAUCAAACUAUACUUUGUUCUUCAAGAGAUCUGCCCAUAAAAUUGUACUCAUUACGAUCGGACAGCAUCAAUGAAACAAGUUUAUACCAUUACUCUACUGUUAACGAAGAAAAUGAAGCCUUUGAAACGGCUUAUUCAAUGACAAUACUUCAAGACACUAUGCAUUUCAUGACUGGAUCUGUUAGAAACAGGAUAACUAUGUAUGAUUACAACCGACAUAAACCGAUAUGGCAACAUCAGUGGACAAAACAAUCAUGCGGGAAGUCAUCACAGAAGGCUAUCGUAUCAUGCUUUGAUGAAUAUAACGAGGUACAUGACAAUGUCAGGUUUGCUGGUACUUAUAAAACAGAAGUGCUACGAAUUGAUACUAGAAGUACUAAAUCUGAACUAAUAAGUGAGCGUGAUUCAUUGGACUCGUGGUCAAAUGGAAUCUACCAAGUCAUUAAGUCGGAUAACGGACAUUAUUUGUACUGUAUUAAACGUAAUGCAAGAGAAAUCGAUGUUAUUGAUACACGAAUGUUAAAAUCUAGAAUUAAUAUACUGGAACUUCCAUUCAAAAUUGGUAAGCAGAAAUUCAAGGCAUCCUUGAACAGUGCCAAAGGUUUGUUAAUUGGAUCGUACGAUGGUCAGGUUGCAUGCUGGGACAAAGAUUGCAUUGAAUUUGGUGGGUUGGACCCACUUCAAACCGCUGGUACUGGAAUAAAGCCAACGAAUAACAUUCUUAUUUCAGAUGAGAAUGUAAGGGUGAAUUGCAUUGCAACGAAUCCUGUUGAUCCAAACACCCUCGCUAUUUCAACCUCGACUGAUAAAUUUGCAGAUGAUGAGGGUAUGACAUUAAAAACAUCUGUGAAGCUUAUUCGGAUGCAUUAA